AUGCUGGGAUGCGCCAUCUUUUUAAUGUUCUGUGUGUUGACAACAAGAGCGGCUCUCUUCCAGUCUCAUUAUUUGGCGGACACUGACUUAGAUGAUACAGUGUUUUACGACACUCUCCUGUCAGCACACCAUUCGGACUCUCUCGCUCUAUGUUUCGCUAUGUGUGGUCAGAACUGUAACUGUCUGGGCUACAACUCCCAGAAAAAGAGAUGUCAUCUUUAUAAAUCAUGUGAUUCUGUGACUAUAGCUGACUACGAAACUGGUUGGAGGUAUUAUAAUUCAAAAUUAGAAGGUAAGGAAUAUAAACAAAUGAAGGCAGAUGAAAGAAACCAAAAAAAAGAUUUUGAGUGCGAAAGGUUAGGGGCCUACUUGGUUUCCAUAGAAACAGAAGAAGAGAACACGUGGUUAACAGAAACCUUCCUGCCAGCCUGGGAUUCCGGUGCCAACGAUAUUGACCAAGAGGGGAGAUUUGUCUGGACAGGAAACAACCGUGGCGUCACUUCCUACUCCAACUGGCACCCAGAUGAACCGGAUAAUGCUUGGGUAGGGGACUGUGUACAUAUUUGUCGUGGUGGGAUCUGGGGAGAUUAUAAUUGUGAUGAGGCGACGUUUUCAUACAUUUGUGAAAAAGAUUAA